CGCUGCUAACCAGCCACCACAGAGCAGCAGGCAGGCAGUCCGUCAGUGAGUGGCGGACUGUUGGGUCGUUGUUUCACCGUGUGUCUCUGUGCUGUAACGGACCUCUUGUGUUCUUUUCUGUGAUAAAAUCAUGUCCCAUUAACGGAUUCGUCUCGCUGGUUCUGGAGUUAAAUUAAACCCUGGUGCUCCCAGCGCUUUGGAGAAAAAUGGAAGCUGUGAGCAAGUGGAACCCGCAACAAGUGGUGGAGUGGAUGAGAGGUCUGGAUGACAGCCUGCAGCAGUACAUCCCAUCCUUCCAACAGCUGCAGGUGGAUGGGGAGAAGCUGCUCAGGAUGUCCCACCAGGAGCUGCUGUCUCUGGGCGUGGCGAGGGUUGGACACCAGGAGCUGAUCCUGGAGGCGGUGGAUCUGCUCUGCGCUCUGAACUAUGGCGUGGAGUCGGACAACCUGAAGACUUUGGUGGGGAAGAUGAGAACAGCGCACCACAACCUGAGCAGCGCCGUGACGCAGCGCAGGAAGAACCCCGCCUACCACAGCAAAAAUUCCAAUCAGCCCACCAAUGAAUUCCUCACCGCCGUAGUCGAACUGAUCGGCACCGCCAAGAAUCUGCUGGCCUGGCUGGACAGGACUCCUCUGUCGAGUGCCAAUGACUUCACCUCAACCAAAGGCAAGAUCAUCCAGCUGUGUUUGGAGCUCACCUCCACCGUCCAGAAGGACUGCACAGUUUAUGAGAUGGAGGAAAAGAUUCUGGAAGUGUCCCGAGCGCUCAACAGCAUCUGUGAGAAAACUGUCCAAGCAACUUCUGACCCCGCAAAAAGGGAAAUGGCCUGUUUGGAGGAGGUUCACAUCACCAAUGUCAAGCCUGGGGAGGGACUGGGGAUUUACAUCAAAUCCACCUACGACGGGCUUCACGUCAUCACGGGAACAACAGAGAACUCUCCGGCAGAUAAAACCCAGAGGAUUCACGCUGGAGAUGAAGUCAUUCAGGUCAACAAACAGACAGUGGUGGGCUGGCAGCUAAAGCACCUGGUGGGGAAGUUGAGGGCGGAGUCUGGAGGUGUUGUCUUGAUGCUGAAGAAGAGGCCCUCUGGACCUUCUGCCAGCUUCGCACCGGCUCCACUGAAAAACCUGCGCUGGAGGCCGCCGCUUGUGCAGACCUCUCAGGGAGCGCCAAGUCUCUAUAAAUCACGAGAGUCAGAAACCUCAGAUGCUCCUGGAAAGAGAGGGAAGACGACCAUCUUGGAUUUGUAUAUCCCUCCUCCCCCAGAAGCGCCAUAUGUCCCGCUAGAUGGGAACACAAGCGUAUUUGCAGGUGUGAAAAUGCGUCCCAAGUCUCCAAACUCGCAUCUGGAUGCAGACGUGCGGCAGCGGCGCUACACUGUAGCAGAGGAAAACCGGACGUCUGCCGUCCCUCCACCUGAAUCCAGUCAUCCUAUCCCAGUUCGCCUCAGGCAGCGCUCCUCCUCACGCUGUAAACCCAGACCCAUCUCCAUGCCUGUGGAGGCAUUUUCAGGCGUGUCUGACCGGCUCUCCAGGCCCAGUACUCAGGGAAGGAAAGGUAAGGACGUCCUGCACAUGUAUCGGAGUAAUGAGGGCAUUAGCACUAUCACGGAGGAGGAGCCGUGUUUCCCUCUGCCGUACCGAGGUCACCCAUCUGUACGUGGCGUCGACCAUAUCAGGGGCAGCCAGUGCUACAUUAACGCCAACCUGCACAACACAGCCACCAUACCUUACCAGGAAGUGGGGUCCAAAAAGGCUUCUGCCUCCACUUCUGCCGCUGUCUCUCCCACUAAGGGUGUAAACAAACAGUCCACGUCGCUGCUCGGCGGCUGGCUGGCUCGACUCAAACUGCUCAGUCACUGAGGAGGAAAAGCUCAGUUUGAAUUUUAUUAGAUGAGACAAUUAUUCUCAACUGGUUUUUAAUAUUCUGCUUUUAAAUAUCCAUUUAAGUUUCACGGUCCUGAUAAAAGGCAAUGCAGUACAUCAUUUUAUAGUUCUGGAUAAAAACAGCAGAUCGUGGACUGUUGGAGUUAACCGAACAUGUUAAGAUGGUGAGGAAUUCAUCUCAAAAUCUAGCACCACAGCAAGGAAAAAACUAAUCCGGCAUAGUGCUUUCCACUUAAUGAACCUGAUACUGGAAUCUACUGAUCGCUCAUUUUCUGUUUGAUUUAUCAGUCAUGGAAAAUUUGAAGAUUUUAAAGUCGUCAAGGAACCUUUGACAACACCAAGCUGAAAACAAGCCCCACCGGGGGGAAAAAAACACUGCAACUGUUACAGUUUUUAUAUAUAUAUAUAUUUUUUAAUCAUAAAGGAAAGUUACAUCUCAGAGUUAGUUUUAAAAUUUGCUGCUAUCAUUUAGCAGAAUUAUCUGCAGAUGUAUGGAUGCUUGAAGGAUUGGUUUGCUGCAACAUUCCAGCUUCCAUGUUUUCCCUUUGGCCUGUAGUGCUGUAAAUUCAUCCAGAUACCUAUAUAUAUAUAUAUAUAUUUUUGCCUUCUGGUCUAUGUUACAGACCUAAAUGUCACCUGUGUUGUGGCCCAGUUACUCUAAAAAGACCUCUGCAAACCUCGUUACUGAACUGUUUUCCUACCACUGUUUACACCUGACAGCUAAACGAAGAGCGCAGCAAGCUAAAUGCAGCUCAGCCAAGGUGAUUCAAUUAAUGUUUGAUUCUGUUGUUCAACUUCAUCACAGGUAGAUGGAGCCUGUUUAUUGCAGGGUGAAGAAAGAGUUGUGGUACAGGGUGUAGUUUGGUAAAGAGAAAAUUGUUAUUUCUCAGAACUGCUUUUGGAAUAACUAUGUCAGGAUUUCUGGAAAUAGACUUCUCUGCUGUAGUUUUUGGCACUUUUAACAGCACAAAAAAAGCUCACUUGGACAACUCAAACCAAAGCAGUCUGUAGACGGAUACAGAGGUAUACAUGCGAGAGGUCAAAUAUAGAGAUUUGAAUUUGUGGUGAACUGUCCCUUUAAAGUUUUAAUUUUAUAACCUGAUCUUCCUCACCUACCCAUAUUGAAUGUUUCACAUGUAAGGAGGAAAGGGUUUUCUAAAGAUUAUUUAAAAAAUGCUUCAUGACAGAAACUUCAAAUAUAAAAAAAUAUUUUGAAGGCGUUCCUCAGGGAACCAUCUCGGAGCUCUUCAAGUUUUUUUUACCCAAUUUCUAGGUCAUGAAUAUUUGGUGCCUUUUUUACUAAUGAAACAUUAUGCAAAAGCUCCUAAGCUGCUAGGGUGACUCUUACUACAGAAACUGGGCAAUAUGGCUACAAGUGUUGUUUUGUUUUCAUUUUAAUCUUCUUUUUCUUUGGAUUUUUUUAAAUUGUAAUACUUUGGGUGGCAACAGCUAACAAUGAAAAUAGCUCAAAUGUUACUCUGAGUUGACCAACAGAAGUCAGUUUCCAUCUUCCAGUUAGUUUUAUGUCAAAGUUGAAGCUGUGAUUCUGAUGUGGAAGAUUUUAUUUUCUGUCACAGUGUACAAUAAUAACCUCUUCAAGCUUUUAGGAGAAGAUAAUUUAGCCGCUCAUAUCAUAUAUAAUAUACUGAUUUUAAAUACAGCUUAACUGUUAUAUUUAAAGAGGACCUUUUAUUAAUUUCCUGUCAUAUUUACUGUUUAAACAGUGGUUGCUCAUAAUUAAAAAUGGCCAAUUUGUUGGUUGAUUUGGAUGCUUUGACUUGUGGUUCUUCUACAUAUUCUACCCACUGAAUUUGAAAAGAGGCAGACUUUAAAGGGGGAGGAGCUUAAAAGGCUUGUUUUAGGAGGAUGAAUGAAUUCAGCAGUAAGGCCCAGGAUCACAUAAAUAAGGAUUCUUUUGAACUGCCAGUCAUGGAAAUGGACACUACUAGAGUCCAAGAAUGAAAUUAUGAUGGAAAUAAAUAGAUCUGGUUUUUGAUCUGUUUAGUGUUGAAUUAAAACAUUUCUCAGCA